AGACGGGGCGAGAGGGAAUCUCGCGAGGAGGGCGACGAACAGACGGCUUUCAUCGUGAGUGAACGCGUACGGUGUAAAAAACGCAUAGGCAGCCAAUAAAAACCCUGUGGGGAGAUGUCGAGGGGCGGGUGCUGUGCGCUCGGCUGCAAGACGCAAGUGCACGCUGCAGUCUCUCGGCGCCAGGCUGGGUGCGCGCACGCAGCUUUAUAUCCCUCAAUCGCUCACUUAUCCAGUACCCAUCGAAAGCAUGCGCUCGAGUCGCUUCGGGUGCGACGACUCAGAACUUUUCGGUAUCGCCAAUCAACAUUCCUUGUCGCCCCGUUAUCAGAAAGCAUCCAGCAAGCUUCGCGUGCAUUUUGUUUCCGCUAAGUCGGUUGCGUCGCGCUAGGGGUUGUUCAGUCGUAAACAAGCGAUAUGACGGCACCGGUUGUUGUGACUGUACCAGCGGGUGGGGAGGGUCCCAACGGCCUUGCACCCCAGGAAGACGCUAUGAAAGGCGUGGAGGCCACACCAGAGGAACAAGAACGGUUAGCGUCCGGAAAUAAUAAUGGCUCCCUCGACUGCAAACUUCCGCCCGCCCAGCCUCGCUCCGUGUUUCACUCGACUCACGUGUUCAUGCUGGUUUUCCUCUCGGGUUGGGUGUUGCAGGGCAUGUUCCUCACUUAUUUCGUGAGUGUGACGACUACAGUUGAGAAGCUGUAUAAAGUGGAAUCAAAGACCACAGGGAUUUUACUGUCUGCGACGGAAAUUGGACAGAUAUGCACAGCGUUAUUUCUUACUUACUUGGCUGGCCGUGGACACAGGCCGAGAUGGAUUGCAUGCAUGAUGAUCGUGCUGGCCAUAGGAGUUAUUGGAUGUGUGGUACCUCAUAUACUGUAUGGGACGCAGUUGAUGGACGUUCAUUUGGACUCGCAUCGGGCUGAAGCUGCGCCCGUGUGCAAUGACAAUUCGUCGACGGCUUGCGAUGCAGCCCAUAUGAAAAGUACUGCCGCUCGAUCCUCCAUAACAGCAGUAGUGAUUCCCUGGCUCUUCGUGUGUCUCCUGGUAGUUGGAGUGGGUCAGACUGGGAUAGCAACGCUUGGCAUACCCUAUGUUGAUGACAACGUCGGUAGCAGACAAUCUCCUCUGUAUAUGGCAAUAACGAUUGGGAUCCGAGUAAUUGGGCCGGCGCUUGGAUUUCUACUUGGAGCUUUGUGUACGAGGGUAUAUGUAGAUCCACUGCAGGACCCUGGAUACGAGUAUAGUGACCCGCGAUGGGUUGGUGCAUGGUGGCUUGGUAUGGUGUUCAUAGCAGGAUUCGUGGUGAUCCUCUCCUCCCUGAUGUUCUGUUUUCCGAAGCAAAUACGACAGAGUCCACUUCCACCGCCUCCCAAGAAGAUUAAAGAGAAGAAUGAGCCGUUGUUUAAAGAUUUCUUUGCGACGAUCAAACGUCAGUUGACAAAUGACAUCCUGAUGUGGAGGACAGCCAGUUCCGUUCUCCAUCUGAUGCCCAUAAGUGGAGUCUACUCAUUCCUGCCCAAAUAUCUGGAGAAGCAGUUCAGACUGCCCACGCACGAUGCCAACCUUGUUUCGGGUCUUGGCGGUAUUCUGGUGAUGGGUUUAGGUAUUAUCACCUCCGGAGUGGUUAUUCUAAAGCUGGUUCCGAGUGCGAGACAAGUUGCCGCCUGGACAGCUGCAACUGCUGCCAUCUAUAGCGCUGGUAUGAUACUGCUUAUGUUUGUGAGUUGUCCCGAAGAAUCCUUCAGAGUGUUGAGUACGACAGACAACAACCUCACUUGUAGUGUUGGCUGUGAAUGCGAGAAUUCCUCAUAUAGUCCUGUUUGUGGGCAGGAUUCAUACACAUACAUGUCUCCGUGUCAAGCUGGUUGUCACAGCAGCAAACGACUAGACAACAACACUUGGUACUACAGUGACUGCGAUUGUGUUAAUAACAAUACUAUUGGCGAUAGGGCUUACAAAAUUUUGGAACGUUACGAGGCAGUUAACAUGACGUAUGACGACAUAUCGGACGGCGGGUUUGCCGUGAGCGGCGAAUGUGGCGGUCCCUGCAACCAGAUCUAUUUAUUCAUAGCGAUAUUUGCGGCCAUUAUGUUCGUUCACGCCAGUGGCGAAGUCGGGGCUGUAUUAUUAAUUAUACGCUGCACGGAUAAACAUGAUAAGGCCAUGGCGAUGGGGGUGAUACAGUUCGCUAUUGGAGUGUUUGGGAAUGUCCCGUGCCCCAUAGUGUUUGGGGCCGCAGUCGACGCGGCGUGUCGGUUGCGGGACGUCGCCUGCGGCGUGCUUGGCGGCUGCGUGUCAUAUGACAGUGACAGCUUGAGGCAUUUCUUCCUGGGUCUCUCAUCCGGUCUAAUGUUCCUAGCGUUUAUAAUGGAUAUGCUUGUAUGGAGCCGGGCGGGACGAAUCGACAUGAACCCUGGAGAGAGACAAGAGACACCUCAAGACGCGCCACUCGCGCCUAACCCUGACACCCAACUCUGACAUACAUCGACAAUCUACGAGGACUCCGUGUGAUUAUAAAAAUACUAAAUGCGUAAAGUUGGCACUGCUGUAUUGACAGUAACAAAAAAAUGUUUUUAUUGAUUAUCAAUGAGCUCUAGGUCGUUAGAAAUAAGGUUUUAUAAAUUCAUAAAUUAACAAGUGCCGAUACCAACGACACAUGUUUUAUAACUAGAAUAUGCAAUAGUUAUAUACUGCUAGACGCUUCAAGGGGACAAAAAAUGUUUAAAAUUGAGAAUCCGGAUCGAAGGACCAUAAAACUUCAACCACUUGUUACAAAUAAACAAAUGAAAGUCGUAAGUAGUGAUGUCGAUUUGAAUGUACUAAUCUUAUUGGACCUAAAAAUAAAACUCGGAAAGGGACUUUUGAAACGCAGUUUUCUUUACAGAAGUCGAAUUUUGACAAAUAUUUUUGAAUAGUUAGAUGACGUUUUCUAUUUUUAGCGAUAUUUGUGCAAUAUUUUUGAUGUUGUAGCGAAAUUUAUAUUUAAAAGUUAAGCUUUUUCAAAUAGUCACUGCCUGUUUUAACCUCAUAACGAAUGUUUUGAUCAACGAGUUGCCAUUGUAGCUACGACGUCAAUAAGCAUAAUAUUAUUUCAUCAAGUUUGAUAAAUAUAGCGGCUAUCUCUGUCUAAAAUAAGUAAACGAUAACAUUUAAAUUACUUUUUUAAUCGUUUGGGCGCAUACAUUGGCGCAACAUUUAAAAUUGAACAAUUGUUUUAAUGUAUUGGCUUUAGUAAGAAUUUUAUACGUGUUUAGUAAAUGACGUAAUAUAUUUUUAAACUAAAAUCUACUUUGUCCAGUGUUAGAUUUAGGUAAUUGCAUAAUAUUUUUUUGUAUGCGUUUUAUUCAUUUUAUUUCACGUUAUUCAUUUUAUAAUAGUUGUGUACAUCACACAUAUGGGACUGAGUUUUUGCUGAAUUACGCUGUCUGUUUGUUAAUUAAUUGUAGGAAUCAUCAUAUGAAAAACUUUUUGAAAAAAAAAAACCCGUUGUCACCGUUUUUUGGGUGACACCCAUUCGGUCUCUCCACUUUAAGACAAUCUACAAAAAAAAAUCGCUAGCAUAAAAAAAUUUUCAGGGAUUCCUCCAUCCCUUCUAGAAUUCGGGGUUUCCCGCAAAAGAGCCUGACGCUGUUGUGGGGGAUUCCCCGUCCCAUACUCGCCAUAUUUUAAUGAAUUAUCCAUGUCCUUUAUCAUUUGAAAUUUAUUGCUUUUUACUUUCGAUGGGGUGACACCACCAACUUCCGCACCAGGUGCCACGCCACUGCGCAUGACGCACGCGUGCUCUCUUUAACAGCCUAAAAUCAAUUCGAAAGAAAGAGACAAAUAUCUAUGAGUGUAGAUGGAGGGAUUCAGUUUCUAUUUUGGGUUAUUCUUCUUCUUCUUCAAGUGCCUCUCCAUUACUGGAGGUUGGCCGUCAGUUUUCUGAACCGCGUCUUGUUUUUAUUAGACUUUUUCAUGAUUACUGACUACUAGGGAAAAGAUGUUGAGCAGUGGUUUCCCGUUGCCUUCUGCCCAUUUGCCUUUGGGUUAUUAAAUGAAAGGUCUUUCAAGUAAAAUUCAAACUCUGGGCUAUUUCCAAAAAGACAGCGUACUACGCAACAUUUUUUAUAUAAUUGCGAAUUAAAUGGCUAGUGAUUAGAUUUUUAUAUUAGUGACUAAAUGUAAAUAUUUAUUUUAAAUGAAUUUUACUCUCAAUAGAUAUAACGGCGUUUAUGUACAAGUAUGUAUGGCCAUGUAAUUUAGAAUAAAAUAUAUACAUAUAUAUUUAUAUUUUUCCGCACUUGAUUUAUUCAGUGAAUUAAUAUAAAAGGCUGGGUCGAGUGUAAAUUAUUGUAGGAUUAUGUUUGUCUAUGAAUCUGCUAAUUUUUAAUCUGUGAAUGAGUUUGGAACUUCUAGAAGUAAAACGUUACCGAAACUGACUGAUUCUAUAUUUCUACCAAUUGCGUGCAAUAACAGAGUGUUUUUUGUACUUGUUGUGUUAUGGAUAACCAAAAUCCCAAACGUUUUUGCUGUCAGUCGUUAAUUCUAUAGACAACACAGCAAGACCUUAGCACGAAGCUUACAAUAGGUUCGUCAAGUAAUCGUAUACGCUAUUGCGAUAAUUUUCGAUAAACACUCGUAUACGAUACGAUAAUUUUUGACUGCUCGAACUAUUUGAUUUUUCUUACAAUUUGUAUAGUUUACUAUAGGUAUUCUAUUCGAUAGAUGAACGUGCUUCCGUUUUUCAAAUACUUCAACGAGGCGAUUCUCAAGUUUUCCAUACAAAAAUCUACUGCUACUAUUCGAUUUUGCGUAUAGUUUCGUGCUAAGGUUUUCUUAAUUAUGUCGUGGAAAAAUAAACCCAAAAUAUUGGUACGAAUAUAAUUUUUCGUUUUCAUAUAAUUUUUUUUCCUUGAUACAGUCUAAGAACUUUUACUUGCACAGAAGUAUCAGGCUUAAAAAAACUUUUGUAUCCAGUGGAUUUAUGAAUACAAAAAAAAAGAUGUUUCUAGAAAUAUGACCAAAUUUUAUUGCUAAAACUUUGUGCAUUAUUUGUGUGCAAUCUAGGUGUAUGGGUUUUUGAAUGUAUUAGAAUAAUGUUAUUAUAAUCGGUUUAUGUAGAACGCUGAACAAUUUUGAACAUCACUUUAGGUUAAUUUGUUAUCUGUUGUAAUUAAAUUGUUAUUACAACUAGUCGAACAAAAUCGUGGUCAGUAGCGGGUUUUUUUAAUUGUCGCUUUGUAAUGACACUGUAUUUUUCUGUAUGUUUUGUUGAGUCUUCAGCAGAACAACUCUAGAUUGUAUUGUUUAUGGUCAUCUGUCACUUUUGUAUAUGACAUUUGACAGUGUUCAAGUGUGCAUUUUUUGUUACAAAUUUAUAGAUUGACAUUUAAACUAAGAAUAUUAUUAUUUUUUUAAAUUAAA